CCUUUGCAUCAUCACCGGCUGCUGCUAGAUGCUUACAGGUGCUUCCGAAAAGUUUCCCACGUGACCCCCCUCCUCCCCCUCCCCCUCAUCCCGUCCUCCCUCAUUGGUUGAAGUCUUCACAAAAACUCCAUCAGCAUCAUCCCGUACCAGAGACCCACGCGCUGGAUGAAUGGGGACAGGACUUACGAGCUGCUUCUUCCACACUUCCAGCGCUUUCACCGGCUGUCCUGGUGAUGCGUGUGUGAUACGUGUGUCACAUAGUUUUCUCGCUCAUUAUCGUGUGGAGUAUUCGGGAACGCACAGCGGCCGGGCCAGAGCUGCUGCUGCCGCUGGUACAUGACAAUUAAACGCGGCUGUGAUGAUUUUCUGGGACUUUAAGGUCCGAGAGAGCUCACGCGCAGCCGGAGUCUAAACUCUGCGGGGAGAGAUGGCGGAGGAAACCCUCAACGACCUCUACCCGGAUUUAAACGAGCUGGAGAGCAAGGUCGGGAGGAAAACGCCGGAAAGUCUCCUGGUUUGGCUGAAGGACGCCGCGGACUGCGAGGGCUGGACGGCUGACCCGUCGGGCCGCGCGGACGACACCUCGGAGGGUUUAUCUGAUAAACUCAACACCUUAAAACAAGAGCUGCGGUGGCUCCGCUGUGCCGACGUGAGGAUCCUGCGGCAGCUGGUGGCCGUGCAUGAAGGCAUCGAGGCCAUGCGCUGGUUGAUGGAGGACAGGGGCUUCCAGACCAGCCGGUGCAGCAGCUUAUCGGGCAGCAUCAGCAGCUUGGUGACCAUCGAUGAGCACGUUCCCUCAAUGUCUCCCUGCAGAGAAGACCCAACUCCUGCCUUCCCUCAGGAUUUAAGGCCAGCCGCCAAUCCAAAGCCAGCAGAUCAAAACCCACCACACACCAAGACGUCCGAACCCCAGUCUCCCUCCAAAUCGAUCCAGGUCGAGGCUCUGCUUCCUGCCAUCAACACUGUGGUCAGCGCUGACGCGCCCAAGUCAGAAGCCCCGGAGUCGGGUUCGGCGCGGUUCCACAUCAGAAGCGGCGCCGAGACCAUCAAGAGAGCUCUGCUCAGGUCCAGCAGGAGGAAGCAACUGAAAGCUGCAGGUCAGGACGCAGGAAAGGAAAACUCGGAGCGUCCGACUCAGCAGAGUUUAUCUGUGUUCAAGACAGAAGAGGUGAAGAAGGACAAGGAGGAGAGUUCAGCUGGUGGGGAGAAAGACUUACUGGGUUAUGAUGCUCAGUGGUCCUGGGUGGAAUCCAAGGACGAUGUCACAUUCUUAUGAUCUUCCACGCGGACACUUUAUGAUAAAGCUUUGCCUUUUAAACUGUAAGCUUCUGGAGAGACAGUGGAGCUUAAAAUGAACUUUGACACCAAGUGAAACUUGAACGUAUUUAAUGCGAAUUUACCAACUCAGGAAGUCGUGUUUGGAUUUCUCCACAGGUCGGGAGGACACGGCAAAUGUUCAACUCAAAUUCUGUUCCAAAAUACUUUAUUGAUCCCAAAGGAAAAUUAAAUAACCUAAUGUACAUAAACCAGUGGGAGAAGGUGAUAUUAUUAGACAAGACCAAAAUAAACUUUUUGAACUUUGUGCAAAACAGUUUGUGAGAUAGAAAGUCAACGAUGCAAUAUGACGACUAAAAGAAAGUACUGAUUACCGAACAUAAAUACACCUCACACUUUUCAAAUUAUUUGUCCAAGAUAAACAAAUAAAGCAAUUUGAAACCAUGCA